AUGGCGGCGGGGGAGGCCGGUGGCGCCUGUGGUGGGGAGCGGAGCCCGGCGCAGGAGCUUCUCCGCGGGGCCUUCCGCGCCCUCCGCACCCUGGAGGGUCAGCUUAACCUUGGAGAUGAUGUGCUGAAAAUUACAAUCGAUUGGAACAAGCUUCAGAGCCUCUCGGCACUCCAGCCUACAUUGCUCUUCAGUGCACUUCAGCAACACGUUUUGUAUUUACAGUCUUUUUUAGAAAAACUCCAGCCUCUAAUUAAAGAGGAAACUACAACUACUGUUGAAGAUACAGGCAAUAGGAGUGACUCAAAUCCAAAACUUUCCGAGGGUAACCCACCACCAGAAGAAAAAUAUAAAGACUCUGAUUCAGGAGAUGUGAAAGAGGCACAGAACAAUUUUGAUCCAGAAGUAGUCCAAAUAAAGGCCGGAAAAGCAGAAAUUGACAGGCGGAUAUCAGCGUUCAUCGAGCGAAAACAGGCUGAGAUCAAUGAAAACAAUGUCAGGGAAUUUUGUAAUGUUAUCGAUUGUAAUCAAGAGAAUAGUUGUGCAAGAACUGAUGCAGUCUUCACUCCUUAUCCAGGGUUUAAGAGUCAUGUGAGGGUUUCUAGGGUCGUGAAUACCUAUGGCCCACAGACAAGAGCUGAAGGAGCACACGGGUCUGGUCCUAAAGCUAGCAACAUGCUUCGUGACUGUGGGAACCAGGCCGUGGAGGAAAGACUACAAAAUAUUGAAGCUCACUUGCGAUUACAAACGGGAGGACCUGUGCCUAGAGAUAUUUAUCAGAGAAUUAAAAAGCUUGAAGAUAAAAUCUUAGAAUUGGAAGGACUGUCCCCUGAAUAUUUUCAGUCUGUAAGUUUUUCAGGAAAAAGAAGGAAGAUUCGGCCACCCCAGGAGAGCUAUUCAUUGGCUGAACUUGAUGAGAAGAUCAAUGCCCUUAAGCAAGCACUGCUCAGAAAAUCAAGUGAGGCAGAGUCCAGAGAGACUGAUCCACUUCAAUAAUGAAAUCACUUGGCUACUGUCAUUCUUGCAUAGUACAUAUAUAAUGUACAAAAAUGUCUAAGUAGUGUAUUUGUUUACCUAGGCAGACUUGAUGAAAGUAAACUGUAUUCUCAUCUGACUGGAAAUGAGUCCACUAUUGUAACAAGAAUUCCUAAAAUAUAUAGUAGUUAGUCGCUCUGGUCAUGUUUUUAAAAAUGAGUGCUUUCAAAAUAGCAUCAUUAAACUAUUCCCUUCUGUUUUAAAGGAGGUAAUUAAUAUAGUUUCUUUCAGAAAAUAACAAAAUUAACCCGCCAAAAGCCAAUUCAUCCGCCUUUUUUUUGGAGAGGAGAAGGGAAGAUUAUUAAGAAGAAACAACUUAUUUUGGAUAAUGUGAUAUUUAAUUCCGCUAUAUUUGUAACGUUGAGGUGUGCCUGCCCUUAAAUAUGUAAACAUGUAAAAUCCAAUCUCAUACUGUCUUGAUGCUUUUCGGGUCAUUAAUUUUAAUGUAUGUAAAUAAAGGAUAAUCAGGAA